AGUUCUAGAUCAGGAGGAAUUUUCUUCUUCCCUGGCUUCAGGAACUAUAGAGGGGAUCUGACGAGGGUGGUCUGGGAAGCUGGUAGCUCGUGUUGACGGUUCCGGAAUUUCUCCUAGACCAGGUGGCAGUUUGGGAGGGUCGUGAGAAGGCAGCAGAGGCGGGUGGAGGCUGAGCCCUGUGGGGCGACAUGGGGGCCUAGGGCGUGGGGGGCUGCGGUGGCGCCAGCAGAGGAAGGAGAGAGACGGCUCCCUCAAGACAGUUCGUGAGGGUUGAAGGAAUUGCCUGCCCAAAGCUUGGAGAGAAAAGGACGCGGCAUUGCAGGCACCUGAGAGGAAUCCUGGGGAUUGCUUCUUAGGGCCAUUUCUCGGGAAUUGGAAAAUAUUUAAAUCUCAACAAAUGAAUUCCACACUUGAACUCUGCUGCAUUCCUGUGCCACCUCCUCCUUUAGAAAACUGGUCUUAGAACAGAGAGGUAAAAGAAGAAUAGGAGAUAGAAGAAGAUGCUGGGAUCUGAACGUGGUGUUGUAGAAGAAUGGUUAUCAGAAUUCAAGGCAUUACCUGACACUCAGAUCACCAAUUAUGCAGCAACUUUACACCGGAAAAAAUCACUGGUACCGGCCCUCUAUAAAGUUAUUCAAGAUUCAAAUAAUGAGCUCCUGGAGCCUGUCUGUCACCAGCUAUUUGAACUCUAUCGUAGCUCUGAGGUUCGACUUAAGAGGUUCACAUUGCAGUUCUUGCCAGAAUUGAUGUGGGUUUAUUUACAGCUCACAGUUAGCCGAGACAGACAGAGUAAUGGCUGCAUUGAAGCACUUCUGUUAGGAAUUUACAAUUUGGAAAUUGCUGAUAAAGAUGGAAACAAUAAAGUUCUAUCUUUUACUAUCCCUUCCUUAUCCAAGCCUUCAAUAUACCAUGAGCCCUCAACAAUUGGAUCCAUGGCUUUGACAGAAGGGGCAUUAUGUCAGCAUGAUCUCAUCAGGGUUGUUUAUAGUGAUCUUCAUCCUCAAAGGGAAACAUUCACUGCCCAAAACCGGUUUGAAGUUCUGAGUUUUCUCCUGUUGUGUUAUAAUUCUGCUAUUGUGUAUAUGCCUGCUUCAUCUUAUCAGUCUCUUUGUCGGAUGGGCUCCAGGGUUUGUGUGAGUGGGUUUCCACGGCAACAUGAAAAACACUGGAAAGAACUCUGUGGUCGAAUAGUAUUGGAUCCUGAAUUUAUGGUGCAACUUCUCACAGGGGUUUAUUAUGCCAUGUACAAUGGACAGUGGGACCUUGGCCAGGAAGUCCUUGAUGACAUCAUCUAUAGAGCUCAACUAGAACUCUUUUCUCAACCACUGUUGGUUGCUAAUGCCAUGAAAAACUCAUUACCAUUUGAUGCUCCCGACUCUUCACAAGAAGGGCAGAAAGUACUUAAGGUAGAAGUCACUCCCACAGUACCGAGGAUUUCUCGGACUGCAAUUACAACAGCUUCAAUCCGUCGCCAUAGAUGGAGGAGAGAAGAUGGCUUUGACUUCUCAAACGAGGCUGAUUCGAGUAUUCCUGGCUCCCCGAUCCAACACGGCUCCACUGACCUAGGGAUCAAACGUGUGCAAGAGGGGGAGGUGCUGGUGCGCAGGACCCCUGAGCACGGCUCACCGGAGCCCAACUCAGCAGCAGCCACAACAGAGGGUGCUGAGGGUGUAAAUGGAGGUGAAGAGUCGGUAAACCUGAAUGAUGCAGAUGAAGGAUUUUCAUCAGGGGCUUCCCUCAGCAGUCAGCCAUUUGGGACCAAACCAUCCUCUUCUCAGAGGGGAAGCUUAAGGAAAGUAGCAACUGGGCGUUCAGCCAAGGAUAAAGAAACAGCCUCUGCCGUCAAAUCCAGUGAGAGCCCUCAAGAUUCCGUAGUUCGCAGGCAGUAUAUACAGCAACCACCUGAUCUUAGUGUAGAUUCAAUUGAGCUGACACCGAUGAAGAAACACCUGAGCCUGCCUGCUGGCCAGGUGGUGCCAAAAACCAAUAGUUUAAGUCUAAUCCGGACAGCCAGUGCUUCCUCAAGUAAAUCAUUUGACUACGUAAAUGGCAGUCAAGCAAGUACCAGCAUUGGGGUUGGCACUGAGGGCGUUACUAAUUUAGCAGCUAACAAUGCUAAUCGAUAUUCAACUAUCAGUCUACAGGAAGACCGGCUAGGUCAAGCUAGGGAAGGUAAAGAGCUCCUCAGCCCAGGAGCUCCCUUAACCAAGCAGUCUCGAUCCCCAAGUUUCAAUAUGCAGCUAAUAUCCCAGGUGUAGUUUUGACAUCCUAUCAUCUUUCUGCUUACCUUUUAAACUGAACAUUUCAUUGUGCAAGAACAUGCUUCAUCCCACAUUGUGAAAAUAUGGGUCAUUGUAAUCAGAUCUGAUUUAGUUUAGGUAUUUUCAUACUGUAUUUUGUAUGAAAACAGCAAUAAGGUUUUCUUUUUCCUCCCUAUAUCUUCUCUUCACCUAUUCCUUGUAAGUGCAUUUGUGAAGCAGUAUAAAAUGUUUGUGUUUUCCAUGCCUUCCUUUCUAGAAACCUUGGGUGAUGUGCAAUCCAUCGUAGGCUGAUCGGUCCCAUUUCAACACUGUGAGACUGAGGAUACGUUAGAGGAAAUGGUGUAUAUGAUCCCUAUGAAAUGAUUCUUUGGCUUUUGUUUAAAAAACAAAACGGGUUUGUUCUCAUAAUUUAUAGAACUAUGAAGAUUACUGGAUCAUGUUUUUUUCUUUCAACCAGGAGUGCCUCAGAGAUUCUGCUAUGACUUUGGACUUCUCUGAGUCUGUGCAAUUGUUUUCUUGAGAAGCAUGGGGAAAGGUGGUAGACUGCAGCACUUUUUCAUUAAAAUGAGGGUGGCUCUUCUCUUUUUACCCCCAUCUCUUUUCUCUCGAGGACACAACUGUUCAAUUACUGAGGCAUUUAAAUCAAGUUGUGGCCACCUCCAUCAGAGAGCAGGGCUCUUAGUUGAUUGUGUAAUUGAUAAUGCACUUUCUCUAUGGCUGUAUAGUCAUUAACAUGUCUUCCCUCCUCCCCACAAGGACAUAGGUCAUUUCUGUCCUUAAAGUUUUUGAACAACUAACAAAUCAGAGAAUCCAAGGGGUAUGUUCUAUUUCCCAGGAAUGAUUGAUACUUUGGUGCUGGGGUUUUUUGGGGGAGGGGUGGUUUUUGUUUAGCUCAUGUGGGAUUCUGUAUGUGAGUGGAAGUGUUGAUUUUUUUUUUUUUUCUUUUCCUUUGUGAGCUGAUGAUGACUGAAGUAGAACAAGUACGUCUUCAGGUAAAGAGAGGGAUUUCUCAACCCAUUUUCUGUGAUGUCAGACUAUUGGAGAAACCCUUUCAGCUGCUUUCUAGAUGUACCUAAAUUCAGUCAGGUAUUUUGGAUUAAGAAACCUGAAGUCCUGAUAGAUCAUAUACUCCAAGGAAAUACAUCAGGGACAGAUAAUUGGCUGAAAACACUGAAGCUUCAAUGUGACACAUUUUUACAGAAUAUUUCUACGAGGGGGUACUGACUUGAUUUCUCCUACAAGGACCACACUGCCUUUGUGUUCAAUGUAAUGCAAUUUGUGUACCUUCUAAUUAUAUAUCUGCAAAAGGUUCUCAUUUUUAUAAAACUUUGAAAUCAUGCCAGUAAGCUAGAUGUUGAAUGUAUGUAAGUAGCAUUUAGUAACUGUGCUAAGAGGCUACAAAACACAUUAUUGGUUGAAAAACUUUUUUAGUUCUGGUUUUGUUGGGUAAGAUUUCAUUAUAACCUUCUGGGUCUCAGGCUCUAAUGCUUGAUUGAAAUAGAAGAGAAUAUAUUGGUAUUUGAAAAUGAGUAUAUUGUGACUUGAACUGCUCUGUACAUUAUCUUUCCACAAAAUACACCAGAGCUAUUAGUACUUUGCAUUAGACAUUUUGAUUUUAUUGUGCAAGAAAAUACACUGAAUUUAUAGAAACCAAGUAUUCUCCUAAUUAACAAAGUUUAAAUUUUUAUCUCUACCAAUUAAAAUUACAAAAGAUUUUUAUAAAUAAAAUAACUAGAAAAAUGCCUCUUGUUUUUUUCACACCAAGAUGUCUCCCCCCUCAUUUCUUUUUUUGGUUGUAAUAGGUUAGGUUUUUUUUGUUUGUAUUUUUAAAGGACUUUCUGUUUUGAAUCUUAGUAAGAACAAUGAAAUGCUUAUUUGAAUUUGGUGGUCUGUAACAUUUUUUCAACUUAUACAAAAAUGGAAAACUAUAACCUGAACUAGUAUCUACAACAUUGCCAAAGUCUGAGGUAAUGCUAAAAGUUAGUAAAUAGAGAUUUAUUAGUUUGUGUGUGUGUGUGUGUGUGUCUGUGUCUGUGUAUGUAUGUGUGUGUGUAUAUAUAUAUAUGGUGUGUAUAUGUAUAUAUCACAAAGAUGUAUUUUAAAUACUACUUACUUUUAAAAAUUUAAGGGAUGUCAGAGAAGUGAAUUAAAAAGCAGCCAAAAUAAAUAAGGUGUAAAGAUCUAUAAUAUACUAAGGAAAGCAAGGUUUCAGGUAUGAAAGGAACAGCAUUCUUCUUUCCAGGGAGUAAGACCUUGGCCAUAGCCAGAGGUCAUUCAUUUUAUAGCAGAGAUAUUUGGUUGAUUUUGGAGGCUGAAGGGUGUUUUUAAUUCAACAAGUUGUGCAUUUAUUGGCAUCUAAAUCUAGGAGGAUUUUAGCUAAAGCACAAAAAAACCCAAGUAAUAACAAAUUAUAGCAAAAGCUAUAUGUGAUAAAUAAGAUGUCCCUGUGGUUUGUUACAAAUCUUACAUUACAACUGAAAAGUUGGUUUUUAAAAACUUUCAACUUAGAGGAUUUCACCUAUCUGUAUGCAUACUUAUUUUGUACAUAAUCUUUAAACAGUUCAUGACCCUGCAGCAUUUAUGUUCCAUUUUUUUAAGUGAUAUAAUUUGGCCCCAUGAAGAAACAUUUCAUUUAGUUCAAACUUUGCAUUCAGGAUCUUAGAAAAGAUUUCCUGUGCAAAAUACAGUUAAAUGGAAUGAGUUACUUUAACAAGUCAUAGUCAAAUUUUCUAAAAUAUUUUUGAUAUUCAUUUGCAUUAUUUAUUGGCUUCUAAUUUAAAAUGGUUUUCAGAUAUACAACAGCUGUUACAAAUGUAUGCCAGCAAUAUUCAUACUUUAUCCUUCAACAACCUUUUGUUUUAUACUUCCUACCUUCCAUAAAAAUAUCCUUCCAUCUAUGGAAAAACUAGUUAGGGAGAAAAUACUUGUUUUCUAUAAUAAAGCAACUUGAUUAAUGCCAUCUAUGACAGAUUAAGAAAUACUAAUAUCUGAAAGUUUUGGGAACUCUAUAACAUUAAGUUAAAGUCAUGUUAUUAGAAAGCAGACCAAAAUGUAAAGUGAAAAGCUAACUUUAAAGUAAAAUUUUUAAAUAUAAAAAUGUUUUGAGAAGCUAGUGGGGGAAAUGGUUGCAGUUUGAAAUUCUAACCUCUGCAACCACUCUUACUCUCCCAGUUACUCUUCUGUUCCUAUUUAUUAUAGUUAGAAUUGUGCUUGAAGAGGCCCAAAGAUAAUCUAAUUGAUCUCUCAACCCCACCCCCGCCCAUAGCCAUCCUCAGAAAACUGAGGUUCAAAAAGGCUGUGACAUGAUCAAGUCACAUUACUAAGAAGCAGAGCCAGAAUCAAACUCCUCUGUCUUGUCAAAUGUAUAUUAACACCCCACUGCCUCCCUUUACUCCUACUACAGUAAAUGUGCUAUGUAACACUCUCUGUUUCUGCAGUUUAUAGUUCUGGUGUAGUUGAUGAAUAUGGCACCUUAAGAAAAGUAUUAAAUGAAGAAAAAGUGUAGAGUAGUAAACAUAGAUGGGGAAGUGUUGAAAGUAUAUGUAACUGUACCACAGAUGUAAGAAUAGAUGCAUUUUUUCUUCUAAUUUAUGCCUUACUAUUUUCUGCCACAUAACAGUUGUAAUCUGCCAUUUUAUAGUUGAUAAUAUUUCUGGGAAUUUAUUUAAAUGCAAAAAUAAGCCCAGUGAAAUGGCUUUGAUCAGUGUUUCUAGUCAUUUUAAAGUAAUAUUUGAAUCAGCUUUCACUGUCAUCUAUGUGACAAGCUAAUUGUAUUGCACAGUGGAGUAUUACAAAGUAAAAACUAAACUUGAUCCCUUUAAUUUUUAAUGUUGAAAAAGAUUGAACCUUACCUGUGCUUUAGAGAAGAUAAGUAAAAGCAAUAUUUCCUUAUGUGAUUGAAAAAGGCUUAUAGUGUGAAGCUUAUGAUUCCAUAAAGGAAUGGAGACCAUGAUUUCAUUUAAAGUGUAUGUACCAUAUAAAAUGUCUUAAGUGCAGUUGUCUCAGCUGUACAAGCUCAAUAUUUCUAACCUAUAUUCUCAAAUUCCACUUAGUAGCUUUAAAUUAACUAUAAUUAUUUAUUAGACACUGGAAUACUGAGAAUAACUUCUUUUGGUUUCUUUUAUUUGCACUAUUUUUGUGUAUAUUUUAAUGAAGUGGGUUUUUCCCACCUCAUUUUGUGAGGUUUGUAUCAGUCCAUUUUUGAGUACUUUUGUUGCUGAUAAUCAGUUGUCUCCUAUAAUUCUCUGCAUGUUCAUUUGUAAAUUUAAAAAAAUUAGUAUCUGUCUUUAGUGGGUAGUACACUAUUUAUACUAACACUGGCAAGGAGGAGCUCUCCAUUUCUGAUCUUGGAUUAUAAAGUAAGUUUUGUUUUGUUUUGUUUAUAUAUCAGUAUUUCAGUUGUGUAUUUGUUUUUCAGUUUAAAAUGUUUAAUAGGUCAUGCUAGUGGUCACAAAAUCUGUAAUUUUAGAGCAACCUUUCUAUACUGUGGCUAUGUUAAGCAGUCCGAACAUGAGACUUUUUAUCCUUCAAGUUGAAUGAUUAUGUCAUGUUUCAAGCCACUGAAUUGGUUGAGAGACACUUACUUGUAAUACUUUAAUUUUUUUUAAGUGCUUUUUAGAAACAAGUUGUUUGAAAACCAACUAGAAAUUACUGAUAGCUUAAACUCUAAGAAAUUAGAACAUUUACCAGAUUAUAAGAAGAUGGACUGCAAUGUAAAAUUGUUAACAGUGCUAAUAAAAUAAUAAUGAAUCAUCAGAUUGGUACAAUUUUCCAUUGCUAAGGUGGUUAUUGUUGAUAAUGUAAGACAUAAAUUUUAGUAUUAACCUGCAUUGUGUACCUAAUGGGUAUAUCAUAUUGGUACUGACCAGCGUAGUAAAUACUGUUCAUAGGGGCAACCAAUGUACAUUUAAACUAUAUUAAAUUUUUGGUGGUGCCAGAAAUUUGUGUGGUGAUCCUGCCAUUGGAAUUAUAGUAGUCAUCAUCAGCCAACCUUCCCCUGCCCCUGUUGGCACUUCCUUCUAAACGUGACCACACAACCACAAAAUUUUGAUAACUUCAAUCUCUUCAGUAUUUUUAUAGUAUCAGCCAUUAACCACAUGAGAAAUAUAUACAAGAGCAAACAGUGUAGGAUAGCAGUUAGCAGAAAGCUGGGAAUGAAGUGUGAAAUAACUGGCAGCAUAGUACAGAAAUGUAGGUUCUAUGUUUUGCUUCUGGAUUUUGAGAAAAUGUUUACAAAUUAAGAUACAUUCAGAUGUCUACUAUUAUGUAAAUACAGAUUUUACCAAAAAAAUUAAAAUUAGGUGUAACUUAACAUAUUGAGUCUUUUUUUAAUACUUGUGUAUCUAGAGGUUGGCUUAAUACAUUCUUUAUUUUCAAAGAGAAAUAAACUUAAUUGGACAAUACAUCCCCAACUACAGAAUUUUUAUCAAUCUGGUUUACUGUAUUUGAGGGUCAACAGCUCAUUGUUAAUUACAGCAGAGGAAAUUCUUUACAACUUCAUUGAUUAAAAAAUUUACCAAAGAAAAUGAAUCAACCAAUUUUUAAAAUACCUUUUAGGAAUGAGCUCCUUUAACAUAAAAGGAUUACUUUCUAGUCCUGGGGAAAUAAACGCUAAAAGAUUGAUCUGGAACACAGGUAUAAAUAGUACCUACAAGUUCUCAUUUGAGGUUUUCUUGUCAGUAAAACGUCAACAUUUUACACUUUCCGCAAAAGUACCACUUAAAGCUUAAGUCCAAAUAUUCUUCCUUAUGAUAUUUUCAUGUCUCCUUAAAUUAAGGAUUCUGCACAUCAGUAUUGAGUAAAAAGUGGGGGAAAUUCCUAAAAUUGGUAUAUUUUAUAAUAUCUAGCUUUUUAAAAAUAAAAUUGAGUGAGAAAUUAUAGAAAUGCACGUUUUUAAAUGGGCAGUGGUAAUCAUUUCUGAUAACUAUGAUAUUGGCUAAAUGUUAUGUUUAUAUAAUUUAUGUACAUGAUUGCUCUGGGUGGUUUCCCCCCCUCCCCCCGUCUUUGGGAAAGAAAACAUGAUUGGGUUAAGAAAAGCUAAUUUAAAAAAUGUCUAGAUCAAUAAAAAGUGAUUUUUAAACUAUUAAAUGAUUUUGGGGGGGUACCGUGAAAUGUAUAUUAAUUGAUGUUCCAAACAGGUCCUGUGCAUUAUUUUUUUUGUAUCAGGUAGUAGUUAAAAAGUAAUGAAUGUAUCGAUCAGCUGUCUUGGAAAGAGAAGAUUAGCUUUCCAACAAUUCCUAAUGUAGAUUUUGGGUUUUUUAAGUUUUAUCAUCCAAACUGAAUUGAGAAAUAAGAUCAGUGCUCCAUGUGUUGUUUUAAAUACUAUCAUCAACUACUUGACAGUAAAUCUUAUUCUAAAAAUUAUGCUGACUUUAUAUUCGGUUUAACUGGUUAAUUGAAAGUUCUUAUGGUUUAUUUUAUUUUCCCACAAUAAUUUGGCUCUCCUGAGCCACAAUUUCUAAAGGAAAUUUUACUGCUUUAGCAUUAUGUAGUCUGAUCUCUGUCACAAUGGACAAGUAAACAGGAAGUAUCUCACUUCCACAUGUUUGCUUCAUAAGAGGAUAUGGAAUGUAUGGAUCAGCUUCUUUUUUUUUUUACAAGCAUCAACUUAUAGCUCAGUAUAAACUCCCCAAGUAUUCAGAAAAUAGUGCUGAUGAAAAUUUAAAUAGGGUAAGGCAUGAAGAAAAUAUGAUCUCUAUUGAUCAAUGUCCUUAAAACCUAGGACUAGUGAAAACCUUCAUUUUUCAGAGCUGAAGAAAAAAAAUGCACAUUUAAGAUCAUACAUAAAAUUGGUGCAUGUAAGCCAUUAUCUUAACUGUCUUACUGAACUGGUUAAUGCUGUUGAUUGUUGAAAUGUGAAAUGUAGUCACUGUUGACCUUGUAAAUAUCUGCCAGAGAUGAAAAAAUAUUUUAAGUUAUUGUAAAUAAAGAUGUAUAAAAUUCAUUAUCAGUCUGCAAUGCAGAAACAUAUCUAAGAUGUUAAAUAUUGUGUUUCUUGAGAGAUGUGUAAUUUUUCCCUAGAUAUAUCCAGUUACAUUAAGAAUGUAAAUUUUCUUUUGUACCGUAUAAAAAUACAGCAUUAUUUGGCUUUUGACUG